AUGGCGGGCUGCAGAGCGGGGCCCCGGCGGCGGCCCAUGACCUUGGCCGAGGCGGGUCCGGGCACGGAGAACGAGCGGCUGGGGCUGGUCCGGCUCAGUAUGCUUCGCAACCCGCUCAUCAUCAAGCCAGAACUUGGAAAGCCCAUGAGAAACUGCUACUCCCUGCCAGGCCCUGAUUUUACCUAUGGGAUGUACAUGCACAAGAGAGAUGGAGGAGUCCCUGAAGCCAUCGGCCACUGGGACUCAGUGAAGGCCAAGGCCCACCCCAGGAAGAGGGCCAUGCCCCGGGAUUUCGUGGCCAUGGGCCGUGGAGCUGUGGAUGAAGGCUGCACCACAGCCAGGGACUUUGCUCUGUACUAUGGCUACAUGGACAUCCGCUGCAAGGACAAGGACAUCCUCAGACAUGGGGGCAAGGCACCCCCAGGCAUGACCUUUGGCAAGCCACCACGGCCUUCCACUCCCUUGUUUGACCUCAUGCAACACAGAUACAAGGAGCUGUGGAUGGAGGAACAGAGAGCCCGGACUAGAGUCCAGUACAUGGUGAAGAAAAAGAUCGGCGAGGUGCGCGAGAACCGCACCACGUUCCUGCGCACGCACCCGCUGCCCGUGAAGGAGGAGUCCUUCUGGCAUCCACGGCGCUUCGAGAAGGGCGCGGCGCUCCCGCCGCUGUCCGAGGUGCUGAAGGCACCGGAGCGACUCCGGCGCUGUCCGAGGUGCUGCGGGCUCCGGAGUGACUCCGGUUCCCCCCCGGCGCUGUCCGAGGUUCUGGCGGGGAAGGGGGGCGCCUUGGCGGCCCGGCGACUGGCCACCCCCUCCGCCCUCCCCUCGCCCUUCCCCAUUGAUUUCUGGAUCAUUAAGUGGUUAAGGCGCUGCGAAGCCUUCACUAUCGAUCGCUGCCUCCCCACCUCCGGCUGGGAGCCCCCGGGCUGCCCCCAGCCCCGCGCCGCCGCAGCUCCGGGCACGGGUGGGGUGGCCGGGACCUCGGCUGGGCGCGAUGCUGAAGACGGAGCAGCCCUGGAUCUAACGCGCGGCGCCUCGGAGAGCCUUGCAGCAAUUGUUGCCCGGAUCCCAGACUGA